AUUGCACCACUGCACUCCAGCCUGGGCAACAGAGCGAAACUCCAUCUCAAAAAAACAAAAACAAAAACAAAAACGCCUGCAGCUCAGCACCUGCCCAAACAGCUGCCAACAAAAGCAGCUGUCACUGGUCUGCCCAGUAUUGUGUUUGAGACCCAGUUUUGUGUUUGAGGCCCUGCUGAGAUAGGCUCCUGAGGGCAUCUCCUGAUCUGCGGAUUGCAAAAAUCUGUGGGAAAAGCUUAGUACCCUUGGUGGGUAGCACUGUCCCUUACCACUUCCCUUGGCUGGAGAGCGAGGUCCCCCUGCCCUGUGCAGUUCCUGGGUGAAGCAAUACCCUGCUUCUUCUUGCUCUCUGUGGGUCAUGCCAACCAUCUAGUCAGUCCCAAUGAGAUGAACUGGGUAUCAGUUUCCAACUCAGUUGGAAAUGCAGAAAUCAGCCACCUUCCUCCUUCCUCUCACCAGCAGCUGCAGACCAGAGCUGCUUCUAGUCGGCCAACUUGGCCCCUCCCCACAGAGAAAUGAGGUACGGGGGAGAGAAACACCUACUUGGAAAGCACCUACACAACUGAAUUGGAAAAUGUGGAAAGGGGAUUGGGGAAGGGGGACUCUUCUUGACAUCGGGCUCCAGUGCUUACAGCAAAGGGAACUUGGGCAAGUUACAGAUUCUCUGUGCCUUGGUUUCUUCAUCAGCAAAACAGAAUCAUCCCAUAAACUGUAAGGUCCGUGGUAUCAGAGUGUCCCCAAACUGACUGCACAUCUGAGUCAUGUUAACAAACACAUUCCAGGCCCCACCUGAGGGCACUGAAUCAGAAUCCCUGCAAGGAGGACACUGGACAUCUAUUUGCACUGACCUUCCAGGUGUUUCUUACUUUGGUCAACUUGCGGGUAGGAAUCAUUGAGCUCCAUCACAUCAUUCCAAAGCCAAAACACAAAAGCAGAACAAGAAUGUAUUCAAUGCAGUCUCUAAAGAGGAGAAAACUGUUGGGGGAACCUAGAAGUGAAGGAGACAUGCCUUGCUGGGCUCCAUCUUAACUUUAUCCUGAGUAUGGCAGAGACACGAGCCCUUCGGGACACAUGCCUGAGGCAGUGACAGUCCAACCUUGGAACAGUGGAAGCCCUAGUUUCAAAUUCAAGCUUGCUUUGAGUAGAUGUUAAGUUUACAUCUUUUUGCAUGGCAACAGGGCCAACUUUCUCCAAGCUGCUCAACUUACAAGAAAAGGAAUCGUACUGCUAAGACUUCAAACUUCAGCAGACUUGGGACAAUUGUGUUCACUAGAUCAGAAGCACUGAGACAUGAAGAAAAGACCCCCUAAAAAGGGAAAGCAUUCCUUCCUGCUCUAGGACAUCCCUGCCAACUUCAGGGAGGUUGGAACACAGCUGCCCACUCUACAGUAUGGUUUGCUUUUGUGUCUGGAGAGUGUCUGACAUCCUGAGACCUGGACCCAUUUCAGAGAGCUUUGAGAAGAGCCUGAAUCACUGGUGGAAUUGGACAGUGCAUGUAAAUGGUUCAGCAGGAUGAGGUCCCUGACUCUACCUCUUCUGCCACAAACAUCAGCAUGGUGGUAUCUGCCGACCCUUUGUCCAGUGAGAGGGCAGAGAUGAACAUCCUAGAAAUCAACCAGGAAUUGCGCUCCCAGCUGGCAGAGAGCAAUCAGCAGUUCCGAGACCUCAAAGAGAAAUUCCUUAUAACUCAAGCUACUGCCUACUCCCUGGCCAACCAGCUGAAGAAAUACAAGUGUGAAGAGUACAAAGACAUCAUAGACUCUGUGCUGAGGGAUGAACAGCAGUUCGUGGAGAAGCUGGCAGAGAAGCUCAGACAAGCUGAGGAGCUCGGGCAAUAUAAAGCCCUGGUUCACUCUCAGGCACGAGAGCUGACCCAGUUACGGGAGAAGUUACAGGAAGGGAGAGAUGCCUCCCGCUCACUGAAUCAGCAUUUCAAGGCCCUCCUCACUCCUGAUGACCUUGACAAGUCCCAGGGUCAGGAUCUCCGAGAGCAACUGGCUGAGGGGCGCCGGCUGGCAGAGCGCCUUCUCCAGAAGCUGAGCCCAGAGAAUGAUGAAGAUGAGGAUGAAGAUGAGAAAGAUGAGGAGGUUGAGAAAGUACAGAAAUCACCUGCCCCCAGGGAGGUGCAGAUGGCUGAAGGAAAGGAAGUCCCUCAGGACUCACUGGAGGAAUGUGCUGUCACUUGUUCAAAUAGUCACGACCCAUCUGACUCCAACCAGCCUCACAGGAGCACCAAAAUCACAUCUGAGGAAGACAAAGUUGACUCUGCUCUGGUUGUAGAGAAUGAACCCUCUCAUGAUGAAGAGAAGGAAGCUCUAAACAUUCUCCCAGAAAAUCAGAAUGAUCAUGAGGAAGAGGAGGGGAAAGCACCAGUGCUCCCCAGACACCAUGAUAUAUCCAACUCUUACCUGCAUCAUGAAGUCACUUUCUUGGCGCUGGAUGAAGAGAAAGUUUGCUCUGCUCAGGAUGUUGCCAGGGAUUACUCCAAUUCCAAACAGGAUGAAACGCCACUUGGCUUCUUAGAAAAGCAAAAUAAUCUUGAAGAGGUGAAAGGAAAAGAAACAGUUGAUCCCAAUUAAAAAAAAUCAGGGGCU